UUCGCUGUUGUAACGCCAGUACGUAGUCUAAUGUGAGUUGGAACGAUCGUGUAACGCAUCCGAUAUUGUUAUUACAAGUGAAAACGGAGCUUAAAUCUAAUAAACUUAGGACCAAAAUGUGCUUAUCGUUAUAGUGUUUUGUAUAUUUUUGAAGGUGACAUCUUAAAGGAUAAAGAUGGUGAAGCUGACUGUCAUCUUGAUCGGUGUAUUGGCAAUUCAUUUUAUCAAUGGCGCACCAAACGAAAAGGUCAAGGAUUUGCACAGAUCAGGACAUCAUGAACCAAAACUAAACGACGAGAGUUACUCAGAAGUCGAGAACGACGAGGGCGAUAGCAAGAGGGAAACACAGAGACAAAAAAGAUGGUACAAUAACUUCCCUUAUACCCCAUCCUACGUUAGACCUUAUGACCAAGGCUCCGAGUUGGAAGACAAUUUGUCAUAUAUAAGGUUGCGUUUACAAGAAAUACUGGACAUGGCAAAAUCACCGCCCCCUCCACCACCUCCGCCAGCCUUCUACCCGGUUUACGUUCCAAUAUACAUCCCGCAACCGCAAUGCGGAUGCAAUCCCACCACUACCGAGGAACCUACGACAAAAGCGCCUACAAUAAAACCUACCACGACCACACCCAACGAAACCGUCCCAAAUCUGCACGAAAGACUGCCAGAAAUGGAAGACGAACGUCAAAAUUGGGGAAUUUUAGUUAACAAUACUUUAUCCGAUUAUGAUGAUGAUGAUGGAAGCAGACCUAUUUCAUUAACGCCUAUUAUACCUGGCGACGACGAUGGAAUACCAGCUCCUCCCGUAGAACAUGGAAGCAAACAAGCCGAUAUAAACGAUGUUGAAACUUCACUACUACUACAACAAACUACAACUGCCAGUCCUGUUAUAUUCGAAGAACCUUCAACGCCUGCGGGUCGGCCUGAUGCUUGUGACAGUGCAAUAAUGAGCUGCUGCUUCGGACUGGACAGAACGUACAAAUGCGUGCAAUCACGAGGUUGCCGGGACCGUUCUAUAGGUCCAAACCCUUGCAAUCGACAAACCGUACUUAGUGUCUUGUCACGGGUUCAAAGUUACUACGGUUGAACAUUUAGCUUAUAACAAUUGAUAGUCAUUAGUUUAUUUUAUGUAUGUAUAAAUAAGUCAAUGAAAAUUAAACGGUUUCUACGUUAUUAUUGUCACGUUAAUCAUGCAAAGAUUAAAUAAAAUUUGAAUUUAUGUCAAAGCUAUUUCAAGCUACCGAUGAAAAAAUCAUUUGAAUCCAAUUUGAAAUAAAAAGUACAAUUUUAAAUUAGCCUAAAAUUCAAAUAUAUUGUAAAGCUUAAAAUUUUAUUUAAGACAUACUGGCUUAUGCACUAUUUACAAUCAGUGUCAUGAAGAUGCUGCAAUUGGGGACAAAAUGGAAACUUUAUGUAGAUGGCGCCAGCGGCAACAAUUCUUUCUGUUUGUCUUUCUUUAUCUGUCAAAGUUUUUGCACGCAAAUGCUUUGAAUGAAAGACAAUAGGCAAUGACUUUUAUUAUCACCGUGUUAACAGCUUUUAAGCCGAUGCCGAUCAUGCGACAUCUAUAGUUCGAAAAAAGCAGUUUUUCCCUCCAUUGAAGUUAAAUCAAACAGUUUCAUAUUUGUCCCCAAUUUACAUCAUGAUUAUUACAAGAGGUGCCAAAUGUAACAUUAAUAACAAUAAAAUCUAGUUUUUAUAUUCUGUAAAUAUUGUGCAAUUGCGUUUUAAAACAUAUAUUUUGUAAAAGGAAAAACGUUUUGAAAAAAAAACAAUUAUAUAUUUCGAUGUUUGCUACUAGCAUGGCUUUAGCUUCGCAUAUUAUAUGUAUUCAUUAUUUAUUGCUCAACGAUAAAUUAAAAAUGAAAUAUUAAAAAUAAUAUAAAAAGUGUGGUGUACUUUAAACCCCUUAAACGAUGUUAUCAUAUUAAGAUAUCAAUUGUCCUGUUUGGUACAAAAAAAGUGCACCCAAUUUAAGAUACAUAUUUUUUACACGAUGACGUAGUUUAAAAUAUAUAAAUCAAUGCUUUAUC